AUGGCUACGUCUAUCCUCGGGGAAGAGCCGAGAUUUGGAACUACUCCCCUGGCCAUGCUGGCCGCCACCUGCAACAAGAUCGGCAACACCAGCCCCCUGACCACCCUGCCCGAGUCCAGCGCCUUCGCCAAAGGGGGCUUCCACCCCUGGAAACGCUCCACCUCCAGCUGCAACCUGGGCUCCAGCCUCUCGGGCUUCACGGUGGCCACGAGCAGGGGCUCCAGCGGACUGGCCAGCGGCACGGGCACCGCCAACAGCGCCUUCUGCCUGGCCUCCACCUCGCCCACCUCCUCGGCCUUCAGCAGCGACUACGGCGGCCUCUUCUCCAACUCGGCGGCGGCGGCGGGCGUGUCCCCGCAGGAGCCCGGCGGGCAGUCGGCCUUCAUCUCCAAAGUGCACAGCUCGGCGGCCGAGAGCCUCUACCCGCGGGUGGGCAUGGCGCACCCCUACGAGUCCUGGUACAAGUCGGGCUUCCACUCCACGCUCUCGGCGGGCGAGGUGGCCAACGGGGCGGCCUCCUCCUGGUGGGACGUGCACACCAACCCGGGCUCCUGGCUGGAGGUGCAGAACCCGGCGGGGGGGCUGCAGAGCUCGCUGCACUCGGGCGCCCCCCAGGCCUCGCUGCACUCCCAGCUGGGCACCUACAACCCCGACUUCAGCUCCCUCACCCACUCCGCCUUCAGCUCCACCGGCCUGGGCUCCACGGCCGCCUCGCACCUGCUCUCCACCAGCCAGCACCUGCUCACCCAGGAGGGCUUCAAGCCCGUGCUGCCCUCCUACACGGACUCCAGCGCGGCGGUGGCGGCGGCCAGCGCCAUGAUCUCCGGCGCCGCCGCCGGGGGCGGCUCGGCCCGCUCCGCCCGCCGCUACUCGGGCCGCGCCACCUGCGACUGCCCCAACUGCCAGGAGGCCGAGCGGCUGGGGCCGGCGGGGGCCAGCCUGCGGCGCAAGGGGCUGCACAGCUGCCACAUCCCCGGCUGCGGCAAGGUGUACGGCAAGACCUCGCACCUGAAGGCGCACCUGCGCUGGCACACGGGCGAGCGGCCCUUCGUCUGCAACUGGCUCUUCUGCGGGAAGCGCUUCACCCGCUCCGACGAGCUGCAGCGGCACCUGCGGACUCACACGGGCGAGAAGCGCUUCGCCUGCCCCGUCUGCAACAAGCGCUUCAUGCGCAGCGACCACCUCAGCAAGCACAUCAAAACGCACAACGGGGGCGGCGGGGGCAAAAAGGGCAGCGACAGCGACACGGACGCCAGCAACCUGGAGACGCCGCGCUCCGAGUCCCCCGACCUCAUCUUGCACGAGGGGGUGGGCGCCGCCGCCCGCGGACCGGGCAAGGAACCUACCGCGGGGCCCGGCGACUCCUAG